UUGGCCAUUUUGCGAUAGGGAAUUGGAUGGGUGAGAGCGGACAAGGGGAGCGCUGCGCGAGGAUAUUUGGGGUGAGGCUCGAGCGGGUGAUGUCGCGUACAUGCGGGGACAGGGUGCCCACGGUGUGCAAGGAGUUGAUUUUGAGGUUGUUGUACUUGGUGCAAAGGGGGCGCGGGAAGAGGAGGGGAGGGUUGUUUUGCAGGUUGCCGGCGGAGGACAGGCUAGAGAGAGCGAAGAGGAGGGUUGACACGGAGGGGUCCGCGAAGGAGGCGAUAGAGGAGAUGGACGAGCAGUUGUUGGCGGGGUUGUUGAGGUUGUACUUGAUGGAGUUGCCGGUGUCGGUGUUGGUGCAGGAUUUGUAUGAGUGUUUUUUGGACAACGCGGAGAGGGUGGAGCGUUUGAAGGUGAUGGUGCAGAAGAGGUUGCCGAGGUGUCACAGGUGGUUGGCGGAGGUGUUGGUGUUGUUUUUGCUGGGGUUGGAGGGGGGGGGGUACGUGGAGUUGGAGGAGUUGGCGAUGGUGUUUGGACAGGCGAUGUUGAGGUGUCCGAGGGGGAAGAGGGAGACGUUGAGGAGUUGCGCGAGGAGGGUGGUGUUGUUGAAGACGUUGAUGUACAAUUUUGAGUUGGUGUUUGAGCCGGGGGAGGAGUGUUGUUCGUUGGUGGAGACGGUGUGCCAGGUGGGGGUCAGCCACCAGAGGGCGUUGGUGGAUUUGGUGUACAGAGAGGCGGUGUGGAUGGCGAAGAGGGUGGAGGGGGGGAUAGGUUGA